AACCCCAAUUACCAGCAACACACACUAUAAAUACUCAUUUAACAACAUUUCUUCUUACAUAUUUAGUAUUUACUUCAACAGAAAAGAAAACAAUAAUUCUCAAAAAAAUUGUAGCCGUCGGAUUAGAGAUCAGAGAAGAUCAAUGGCUGAAAUACCAACGAAGGAGCGAAAAAUCCUGGUGGCCGUCGAUGAAGGUGAGGAGAGUGCGUACGCGCUGUCGUGGUGUCUGAAGAACGUGAUCACUGAUAAUUCCAAAGAUACCCUUAUCUUACUCUACGCCAAGCCCCCACGAACCGUUUAUACGGCUCUAGAUGGCACAGGGUAUUUGUUUUCAAGUGAUAUAAUGGCUGCUAUGGCUAGAUACGGCAAUGACGUGGCAGACUGCGUCAUCGAGAAAGCUAAGAGAACGUGCACAGAUCUUCAGGAUGUUAAGGUAGAGUCAAGAAUAGAGUGUGGUGAUCCUAGAGAUGUGAUUUGCGAGGUGGUGGAGAAGAUUGGUGCUGACGUGUUGGUCAUGGGAAGCCAUGGUUAUGGUAUUCUUAAAAGGGCUUUUCUUGGUAGUGUGAGCAACCAUUGUGCCCAGAAUGUGAAAUGUCCAGUGUUGAUAGUGAAGAAGCCCAAAACAAAUGUUGAGAACAAAUGAAAUGAUUCCAUUUCCAUUGUGUUAUAUAUUUUUCUUCUCUUCCUUUUAUUUCUUUUCAGUUAAAGAUUUUUAGGAAUUAUGUACUAUUUUUUUUGUUUUUGUUUUUGAUUUGUAUUUUCACACUUAUGUAAAUAUCACUGACACGAGAGUUUUCCCUAGAUGGUAAAAAUAAAAGUGGAAAAGUAUCCUUUUUGAUGUUGA